AUGGCAAAACAAAUCAUCAUUCUUGCUCUCGUCGUCUUCGCAGCCGUGGUGGGGCCCGCCUCAGCCCAAAUCACCGCGUCUUCUCUAGCUCCGGCCGUCUCCUCCGCCGCCGGUGACGCUGCUGCCGCCGCCGCCGGAGGGCCCACCGGCGACAUCAUCGGGACUAUUACCGGCGGGAGGACCGCCAGUGAUGCCGCCCCGUUGGGAGGUCCCGUGUCGGACGGAGUUUUCCCGGACCUCGCACCGGCAGCGGCUCCCGAAAGCAGUGCCGUCGGGUGCGUGGGGCCCACCGUCGCCGGAGCUGUUGCCGCCGGAGGUGUUGUGGUGGGGUCGUUCUUCUUCUUCUGA